UACCGGUACUGAGAAUUUAUUAUUAACAAUAAAUUGUUCUCGAUUCUCUUAUAUAAUUACGGUAGCCUAUGUCAGUAUGUGCAUUGUACAGGCUUAAGCUUUUUUACUCUUUCUCUAGAAUUUUUGUGUCCUCAAAAUUAAUCAUGCCUAAUGUAGUAAAUAAGUUUUUAGUAGUCUUUGUUGAGUUUUUGAUUUUUUUGUACUAACCUUACUUUGAAUAUACUGCCAGAAUAAUAACAUUUUCAAUGGUUUAGAAUUAUUCCGCCCACUAUUUCAUCACAAACAUAUCAACGGCUACUAUUAGGGACAAUUCAGAUUAAUAAAACGAACCCCUAAUUUGUCCCUGAAACGAGGACAAAUGGCACUAUGGCAGGGUAACAUCAUGGGCAUGUUUGACAUAACAAUAUAAACUGAUUGUGAUUUACUGUCUCUCGAAGGAGCGGUUUGUAUUCGUCGUUAAAAUUGAUGUCUUCAAAUUUAGAGGUUAUUCUUGAAAUUGGAGAAGUGUGUCAUACUGUAAUGAUUGGUGAAAUAUGCAUUUGAAAAUUUUUUGCGAUACAGAUUGCUUUCUAAACUAAAAAAAUGUCAGCAACAAUGAGAAUACUCAAAAAUUUAACAAGCCACAAUUAUUCUGGAUUUGUCAGAGUAUUUUCUACAUCUACUACAUUAUUGCAUCAAAAGAAAGCCAUAGUUCUGGGAAUCUAUACAGAGAAAAAACAAGAAAAUGUUACAAAUAAAACAGAAACUUCUGAAACUUAUGACAAAUGGCUCGAAGGAAAGUUAACAAAAUUACUAUCUCUAUCAAAACCAAUUGAAUCCGGUAGCUCGAGACUGUUUUUUGGCACUACGGAAAAAUGUUCAAUUGUUUCUGUAGUGUCUUUAGGGGAGAAAAAUCCGCAAAAAAACAAUAAUGAAAGUUUGGACGUGAGUAGAGAGAAUAUCAGAAAAGGAAUAGCUGCUGGGAUAAAAAGUUUAAAGGGUCUUGGAAUUGAAAAUGUUGAAGUUGACGUUACCAAUGAUCCUACAUCUGCGGCUGAAGGUGCUUUUUUGUCGACGUGGAAUUACAAAAAGUCAGAAAGAGAAAAAUUUCCUCUUUCAAUUUCACCAUUGAAUAGUCUACCUGAUAACGAAACACCCCUCAAUGGGAAGGAUAUUGUUAAAAAAUGGGAGGAAGGUGUAAUUUUAGCAGAAGGCCAAAACUUUGCGCGACAUCUGAUGGAUUCCCCUGCGAAUUUAAUGGACCCUACUAUAUUUUGUGAAGAGGUAAAAAAUAAAAUUGAAUCGUGUGGUACAAAAGGCGAGAUUAAAGUGAUAAUUCGUGAUAAAACAUGGAUUGAGGAACAAAAAAUGGGUGCAUUUCUGAGUGUGGCAAAAGGUUCUAGUCAACCACCAAAAUUUUUAGAAAUUCAUUACACUGGGGAACAAAACGAAUCCACCAAUCCACUUGUAUUGGUUGGUAAAGGAGUUACGUUUGAUAGUGGUGGGGUUUCAAUAAAACCUUCUCAAGGAAUGGAAGAAAUGAGAGCGGAUAUGGGGGGUGCAGCCACUGUAUGCUCGGCAAUUUUAACAGCGGCAAGAUUGAAUAUCCCAGGAAAAGUCAUUGCGCUUGUACCUCUUUGUGAAAACAUGGUAAAUGGAGAAGCAAAUAAACCGGGAGACGUGGUAACGGCAAAAGAUGGUACGACAAUACAAGUUGACAAUACAGAUGCUGAAGGACGGCUUAUAUUAGCAGACGCUUUGUGUUACGCAAGGGAGUUCAACCCUGCUGUUAUAGUAGAUGUGGCAACCCUGACCGGAGCUAUGGUUGUUGCAUUAGGAGCAGGAGCCACUGGUGUAUUCUCAAAUUGCGACGAAAUGUGGACUAAAUUAAACCAAGCUGGAUAUAUCACAGGUGAUAGAGUAUGGCGAAUGCCUCUAUAUGAACUCUAUUCCAACCAGAUCAAACCAGCCCAUUUGGCUGAUAUAAACAAUGUUGGAAAAGGGGGGCGUGGUGGAGGCGCGUGCACUGCUGCGGCCUUUUUGAACCAUUUUAUUCAAAAAGAAACAAAAUGGAUGCAUUUAGACAUUGCUGGAGUGAUGGAUAACGCGAAACAAGAAGUGCCCUAUUUAGGUUCUGGAAUGGCAGGCCGCCCCACUAGAACUUUAACUGAAUUUAUUAGAAGAUUCAAUGAAUAAUUAUUUGUUAGAAAAAAUCGAAAACUUUAAAUAUUUGGCAAUACAUAUUGGUGCCAGUUCUAUUGCAGGAACAUCCUUUUGGAUUUUUGAAUUUUACUAUGACAAUCACUACUUUUGUUGCAAAGAAAUGCUUAAAAUCAACAUAAUUUGGAAAGAAUAAUUCUCUAUAUUAUCGGGCUAUCCAAAUUUUGGUUUCAGUGAUUUAGCUAGUGUUAGGAACUGAAUUCUGUAAGAAUGUGUUAAUGAGAUCAAAAUCAGAGUUUACCUAAUCAAAAUCUAUUUGGUUUCUGUAUAAACCUUAACUUUAUGGAAACUUUGCUACUACAAGUGAAAUCUUAAUAAAAGCACUUGUAUUUGUUAUAUUCAAUCUUGCUUCUGCUUUCCAAAUAUUUCGGAACAACCAAGGAAUGAAUGCUCACAAAACUUAUCAUUUUUCUAUUUUACAG